CACUUAAAUGCAAAGGGGAGCCACAACAUUGACAGCAUUUUUCUUACUCUUUUUACGUUUCGAGUAAAUUACGACGUUUUAGUUUGAUUUUACUGAUAUUGUCGAGAUGGCGUCCAACUUCAGAAAACCCAGUGCCACGGCCAGCCAGAGGAAAAGAGCGGGUCCCAAACCAGAGUUGACAGAGGAACAGAAACAGGAGAUCAGAGAAGCGUUUGAUCUGUUUGACACUGACGGCUCAGGAAAUAUAGCUGUGAAGGAACUGAAGGUUGCUAUGCGUGCUUUGGGGUUUGAGCCAAAGAAAGAAGAGAUAAAGAAGAUGAUCGCUGAUAUUGAUAAAGAAGGAUCUGGUACAAUCAGCUUCAACGAUUUCCUUUCUAUGAUGACACAGAAAAUGAGUGAGAAAGACUCCAAAGAAGAGAUCCUGAAGGCUUUCAGACUUUUCGAUGACGACUGCACAGGCAAAAUCUCUUUCAAAAACCUCAAGCGAGUGGCCAAAGAGCUCGGGGAAAAUCUCACAGAUGAAGAGUUACAGGAAAUGAUAGACGAGGCCGACAGAGACGGCGACGGAGAGAUUAAUGAGCAGGAGUUUUUAAGGAUAAUGAAAAAGACCAGUCUAUACUGAAUCUCUCAACCUCCGUAAUGGUCACUAAAGCUAUUAUACUGUAUCUAUAAACCUCUUAAAAGGCUGUUUUGUGUUGCUUUCUUUUUUACGUGGUUGUAAAAAUAUUUUAAUCAAUGCAUAUUUUGUACAAUUUUAAAUAAAUGUUUAUUUGCAUCUAUGUGGUCUGUAAAAUUUACAAUCCUAAUGUUUUGAUUUAAGAAGAGUUCAGAAAUCAAUAUUUGGUGGAAUAACCCUGAUUUUCAUUCACAGCUUUCAUGCGCCUUGGCAUGUUCUCUACCAGUCUUUCACAUUGCUGUUGGGUGACAUUAUGCCACUCCUGAGGGACGUAUUAUUGCAUGUAUAUACACACACAUAUAUCUAUAUACACACAUACAUAACACUCAAUUAUAUUGAUAAAACAUGUUGUAUUUCUAUAAUUUAAGAGAGCAUCAUUAACUUCAAUCUGCUUUGGGGCAAUAAUAUAUUCACUGAUAUCUGUUCUGUAUCCAUUUCUUUUAUUCUUUAAUUUUCAUAAACAGUUUAUAAGCACAUGCUCCACAGUCUCUGGAGAACGACUAGCAUUACAAAUACCAGACUCAUGUUUACCAACAAUGAAGAGAUGAUGAUUAAGUGCAGUAUGCCCAAUAUGCAUUCGAUACAUAAUUGUGUCCUCUUUCCUUCCACCAUAAUUCCUCCAAUCAGCACCAACAUGCUUUUGAAUAUUAUAAAGAUGACAGCCUUUUAUUUUCCCAUCCCACAUCUCCUGCCAUUUUUUAAUCACAGCUACUCUAAUGAACUAAUCCUUUCUGUUUUGCUCAGUGGAAAGUUGAUAUUAAUGUUUGAGUAUUCUUUCCUUCCACCCCUACAGUACAUGUGCUGGCACCCAUAAGAAAGAAAUGAUUAACCCUAGCUGGUGGAUCCUUGAUGUUUAUACGGUGGAGAAUUUCAUAUAAUAUAUCUUGUCUUGAUGCAGAUUUGCCACUCCGUAGACCAGUCAGCGCUGAGUCACUGUGACAACUGUCUGGAUUUCCUCCACCCACUGAAGAGCCAUUAAAAUAGCAAUCAUCUAUGUGGUGAAAACUGAGACAUCAUCCGAUAUCCUCUUUGCUAUACUGACUUUAAAUUGUGGUAUACAUUGGCGUCCAAAAGUUUGGAAUAAUGUACAGAUUUUGCUAUUUCACAAGAAGUUUGGUACUUUAAUUCACCAAAGUGGCAUUCGACUGAUCACACAAUAUAGCCGUUAUAUCAAACACGGUUGAAAGCUAGUUGGUUCGUUAAAUGAAGCUUAACGUUGUCUUUGUGUUUGUUUUUGAACUGCCACAGGAUGCAAUAGACAGGAAUGAAGGCGAUACAAUGCUUGAAAUGGCCAAAAAACUGCAGAUUUCAUCCAAAGCUGUAACUACAGUCUUCAAAGACAAAGCACAACUGUCUCUAACAAGGACAGAAGGAGAUGUGGAAGACCAGAUGUGCAACUAAACAAGAGGAUAAGUACAUCAGAGUCGCUAGUUUGAGAAAUAGAUGCCUUACGUGUCCUCCGCUGACAGCUUCAUUGAAUUCUACCUGCUCAACACCAGUUUCAUGUACAACAGUAAAGAGGAGACUCAGGAGGUCUUAUGGGAAGAAUUGCAAAGAAAAAGCCACUUUUGAAACAGAAAAACAAAAAGAAAAGGUUAAAGUGGGCAAAGAAACACAGACAUUGUACAUUCUUCUAAAACCUCCCAAACACGCUGUCUUGCCAGAUUUUCGGAAGCAAUCGUUAAACCAAUUGCCUACAUCCAUUCUAGCGGCCCACCCAUAAUACGGACACACUAGUCCACUCCAUUCCAACAUUUCUUCCUUUAUAUUCUCUUUUCACACUUCCCCAUAAUGUGCUAUGUGCUUUAAAAUCCCCACACCACCUUGUGGCCACUCAAUUCUCCAAUGUUUCCUAGUGCGUCUUUAGUUCAUCUAUUACAUUGGUUAUUGCAAUUAAUUAGCCUGAUACUUUGUAUUCCUAUUCAUA